UUUUGUACUCUGAACAGUACAACAAUAUUUGUAAGCUAUCCGUUAUUGUAAAAAAUGGAGCAUUCUUUGUUUGCUAUGCUAAUUCUGUCGAUGGCGAUUGUGAGCUUUGGAAUCAAAAUAAAUGUUGUUCAUAAAUGGAGAUAUUGUGAGUAUGAAUGGGAAAGUAAGCAACAAAAAAAAGACGCGAUAAAUUCUGGCAUUUAUGACCCUUACACGUGUGUGUUGAUCGAUGCAGACAAAGCAAAAGAUGGUAGAAUAUUCGUUACUGCGCCAAGAGAAUUAGGCCCUGGUACACCUGCUACUGUGGCCACAGUCACUAAUAAGACAGGACCAGGAGGUCCACUUUUACGUCCUUAUCCAGAUUGGAGUUGGCAUAAUAAUAGUUGUAUAUGUGAUGGUAUUGUCAACGUUUACCGACUGCACAUUCAAUGCAAUUACAUCGUCCUUCUAGAUAACGGCAAAAUUGGGUCCGACCUAAUUUGCAAUCCAAAACUGUUGAUCUUUAAUUUAGAGGAUGAUACACUAGUUAAAAUAAUUUACAUCCCACUUGAUAUUGCGACUAAUCGAACAGGUGCUGGAUAUUUAAUAACACCUAUUGUUUAUUAUCCUAAAACAUGCAAGCGGUUUCUGGAUGAAAUGAUUGUAUUUAUGGCUGACUCUCAAGGUUCUGGUUUAAUAGUUUAUGAUUCAUGUACAAAGCGUAUGUGCAGAGUCGAAUCUGAUUCCAUGAAAUCAGCUGAUGUUAUUUUCUCUGUAGUAGGAGAAAAUUUUACAUAUACGGGUGGUAUCUUAAGUUUAACAGUUCUUGGCAGUGAUCUUUAUUAUGCUUCUUUAUCGGGAAAUGAAAUCUAUAAAAUAAAAAUAAAGACGCUACUAGGAUGUCCAAACAAAGAAGAAGCUAAUAAAGAGAGUAAAUUUGUGAAAUUAGUUGCAAAACCAAUAUUACCGAUGGCAGCAGUGGAAAAUGCAAUAUUUUACAGCGAUGUUCAGGGGACGUCUCUACUAGGGACGAACGUUGAAAAAUCUGGUGAAAAUACGGCGAUCAUCUCGCAAGAUUCCAAAAAAUUGCAAAUAAUAUCUGGUCUGAAAUAUUCAAGCUAUUGGGAUCAGCUAACGUACAUAUCAGAUAGAUAUCAGCGUUUUGUUCUUGGUACAGUGAAUCUAGACGAAAUACACUUCCGCUAUAUAGAAAUGGAUAUAACAGACAUACGGGAAAAAACAGAUUUGUUUUCUAAACAAAGUUACUAA